AUGGCCCUGGUGAAUCCUCCGACCUGGCCUGAUGUUUCUCACAAUAUUCAUAGUGCACGGCAUUUCAGUUGGACCGCAGGUUUUCCAUAUCUAUCACGUCUCGAUGCUCAUGCCGGUCCUCCCAGUUUAUAUGACAUCAAGUCGUCUCCAAGUUUGGAAUACUCGCCUCUCGGCGACAUAAACGCUCUCACUGCCUUUGACAGGGCCGGUACCGAGUUCACAGCUCCUAGGAGGGUAACCAAUCCAGAGGUCGCAUCUUCUGGCUCACAAGCACACGCCGAUCUCUCCAAAGAACUCUCCUAUAAAACUCCAUGUUCCGGCAAUAAACAUCCUCGACGACCGUUUCACAAAUGGAUGAGAUCUCUGCACCGGCGAGUCAGUCAUAGAGACCAUGAAGGGGCAAUAUGGCCUGCUGAUGCGGGAUGGCAAUACCUCGAGUCCAAUCAAUCUUAUCAACAAUCACUCAACAACAAACUAAGCCGUCGGCUUUCAUCUUCUGGAUCCUCGCUUGGUUUGAUUGCCGCAGUUCAAAGCGCCAGUAUUAGCCUCGCUAGUGGCAGUGCUGUCUCGCGCUCACGCCGACAUUAUGGUCGCUCGCGUUGCCGUUCCCGGGCUGAGCAAAGUAGCCGAGCUUCUUUGUCUGCUCCACGAUUCUCUGAGGACAGUAUUCCAUUGGAAAAGGGGAAUGUAGACGUCGCCGAGAUGCACCGCUCGAUACGGCGCCGACAAAUCCUGGAAGAGCUCAUAAGUACGGAGGAAGGCUACAUCGGUGAUGUCCGCUUCCUUAUCCAUACUUAUAUCAACAUACUUGCUGCUCUUCCUACUUUGCCCGAACGACUACGGUCAUCCAUCAACCACAACCUGGACCGCAUCCUUCAGCUGCACGAAGAGAUACUAGGCGAGUUGCACAGAGUAGUUCCUGACUCCGAGUACAGUCAAGCCGAUCAUCUCACUGCUUCCUUCAAGGUGACCAGCCCCAAAACAGGACAUCGUUGGUGGGGCAGUUUGGACGUACUUCCGGAGGACCAGGUCAGCCUUCAGAGGCUCGAAAGAGAGCCUGGUAUAUUUUCUGAGCCUCAGGUAGCAGCAGAAGUAGCUAAAGUUUUCAGCAAGAGGAUGCAUCAAUUCUUUGUGUAUAGGGAAUAUGGCGCAAAGUAUGAGACAAUGAUCAAGGACGUUACCUCAGCCCUCAAGAGUCUUCCUGAGUGGGAAGCUCAUCAAAAGGGUCUUGAAGCGUUUGCAUUCACUAUUGGAGCCGCCCCAUCGUCUAAUGAUAGGAAGUCGCUUACUAUAGGGGACCUUCUUGUCAAGCCCAUCCAAAGGGUUUGCAGAUACCCCCUUCUGUUUGCAGAGUUGUUGAAAUGUACUCCCGUCAUCGAUUGCCCGAAUUCUCAUAUGGAAGUUGAAACUGCAUUGAUGAGACUUCGCGAAGCUACAUCCGCGAUCAAUCGUUCGACCGAGGACAAUCUGAUGAAGGAGACUCUUGAAAAGACUUGGUUAAUACAGGAUCGCAUUGUCUUUCCCAACAGGAGACUAGAUGCGAACUCGAAAAAUCAAGUGCGCUCGUUUGGACACAUACAGUUAUGUGGGGUCCUACAUGUCUGUUGGCAGACAUCAACAGGUGUCGAUGGUCAAUAUAUGAUCUGCUUGCUCUACAAAGACGUCCUCUGUCUUGCCUGUGGUGGGAGGUAUGAUCCGAUCUACACCGUGGUAGCCUGCAUCGAUAUACAAAGUACAACUAUUGAAGAUGUCGAUAAUGGGCGAGGCUUACAAUGCCAUCUGGCGCCUUUCUCGUGGAAAUUGGUCUUUAAAAUUGAUCACCAGCUGUAUGAAGUUGUCAUGACGGCUUGCACAUCCAAAGAGGAAAGCGAAUGGCGAAGUCGACUGUCCCAACCAAGUAUUUCGGAUGCAAGUACAAGAGCUCCGGGCCUCAAUCUAUUUCUCUCAAUUGACAUUAGGAGUUUGGGUGCUGUCUUUGGGCGGCCAGGGACGAUUGCACGAAGCUUGUCGACUCAUCGUACCUCAGCUAGAGAGUUUGAGUCGUCUGCCCUUCACUUCAUCCUUAAAAACACGUGUGCUGCGAGGUCUAGUAAUCCUACCUGUGCAGGGACUGGACUAAAUCGUUCGCAAUCGUUAUUGGCGACGAAGAAAGCGAGAACUCCAGUCCUAGUGCCAUCUCGAAGUGAAAGGGGUCGGCUCGAGAUACUUGUGGCAGACGUCUGGAGCCAUGGCGUCCUUCCACUUCCUAGCAUGACGAACUUCGCGCGGAAUGAGCAGGCGAUCAGACGGUCGGCAUCGACAGUAAUGAGGAAAUUGAGCGUAUCAAGCAUGGCCAGGCGAUCAGGAAGUGUGAAACGCAAAAUUGUCGAAGACCUAUCAAGCGAAGAACAAGUUCAUCACAACAGCAUCUCAAGCGAUAGUGGUGUUGAUGUGUUCGAUAAGAAUUUCCGUGAAGGAAGCUCACAUUCUUACACGACAAGAAGCUCUCUUUCCCCGGAGACCCAAGAACUCGGGGAGGAGUGUCAGAUCCCCGAUGCUCAAUCCCCUAGACUCGAGCUUACACAAAUAUCCGAACUUGAACCUCUUGACCUGAUAGGAAUCGUAUCAAAGAAGCAGCUUCAGAGUGGAUCAGGAGGAGCGACGGCUAGAGGGGAUCACAUGGUUAACAAACUUGCAACAAAAUCAUCACGAACACAAGCAAAAGAAAACAGUCCUCUCAGGAAAGACAGUUCUGCCUUUUGGGUGAAUAGGGGAGUCCAAAUCAAGGAUACUUCAUCGAUGGAAACACAAAGUCCAGAUAGUGGAAAAAAGCACACCGGCAUUCGUAGGUUCUUCCAUUGA